AUGCAACGACACCUACUAACGUCGGGCUCAAAGAAAACAGAAGCAAAUAUACAACCUUCACUUGACGUCGCUUUAACAAAACCUGAUGACGUAGAACUUUUUUAUACAGCAAGUGUACAAUUUCUUCAGAAACGACUGCAAGAGAAAUCUCUUGUUGCUCCAACUAAAUCUCAGCGAAAUACUAAAAGCUGUUGCAAUUUAUCUUCCAGCAGUAAUUCACAAAGAGUUAUCGAUAAACAUACAGCCUUAUCUAUGCACGAAAUUUUACCAUUUCCAAAAUCAAAUGGAGAAAGCUUCUUUUCACGUAUACUGAACUCAUUUCGAAAAUUUUCGACACAAAUAAUUCCAGACAGUAAUACAGAGGACUUAGAAAUGGUCAACACCAGGUCUAAUUAUAAGUUUCCACGAUGCGAAAAGGAUAAUAAAGGUCAUUCGUCUUACUUAAACGUUAUUUCAGAAGAUGAGGCUAGAGAGGCUGAAGUUGUACCAUCAGAGCAAGAUGUGAAUAGUACACAUAAUGAUGGAAAAUACUUUCAACAAAGUUUAAAAGCUGUCAAAAGA